GCGCACACAUUAAAAGAAAGAAAAGUCUCUUUCACUUCCGGGUUGAAUUGUGUUUUGCUGUCACGUUGCUACAGAAUACCAACUCACAGUUUCACCGCGUCGUAUACGGUUUUUUCUGGUGCGUUAGUGGAAGUAUUUCAUGUUGCUGAUGUUAAGGUUCACUGAAUGGCAGAAAUGAAGAACAAAGGUGGUGGCUGUCCACAUCGUAGGCUCAGACAGAGAGUGGAGCAGUCUUUGGCAUCCUGCCCCAGUGAUUAUGUCGACCUUCAUGAAAUUGCCCUGCAACUACAGAAGCAGUACAGGAUGGAGUAUGGCAGAAGAAGCCAGAUAGCGUUCAGGAUUCAAGUAGAAAAAACGUAUGAAGCGAUCAUGAAGGAAUCUGGGCUAAGUCUUCUGGAAAGCAAACACUUGGCUAAGAGAGCCAAGCACAACCACAACAAUGAUGACGUAGAGACCAGCAGCAGCUCAGAGGGGUUGUCUGACAACGAACUGGGAAACACUCCCACCAAUCACAUGAACAGCUCUCUGGCUUCAUUGUAUCGAAAAGGAAAUCCUGACUCUUCUGCCAGUUCUCCCAGGAGAGAGCAGCCUGCUGCAAACAGUCCUGUCAGUGUUGUCCCCACCGCUUCCAGUGCAGGAACAGCUGUCUCCACCGGAGGCUGGUUUAUUGAUAAAGGUCCACGACAUGAGAAGAACAAUGUCAUCGACCUGUGUGACGACCAGCCAAUUAAUACAAUGGCAAAUUCGACAGAUGUGUCCAUGUUGGAGCCUGAGAAAUCCCAUCGAAAGUCCAAGAAAAAAACAGAAACUUCCACUGAAGCUGCAGAGCCCCUCGUCAAGAAAGCAAAGUCAAAGUCACGAGAGCUGCAGUAUCCAACUCUGAAGUUCGAGGAUGUAGGAGGCAGUGAUGACACGUUGACGGAAGUGUGUAAGCUACUGAUCCACAUGCGUCACCCAGAAGUGUACAAGCAUCUGGGAAUAGUUCCUCCUAGAGGAUUCCUUCUCCAUGGACCUCCUGGCUGUGGAAAGACCCUGUUGGCUCAGGCAGUGGCUGGUGUGAGUGCUGCCACUUUUUUUUUCCCCAACAGGAGUGCUAUGGAAUAUCUGUCUUCUAAACACAAUUUCCAUAAUAUUGUAAUCAAAGUGUUUACUUCAGCUCCAUGUAUCCUGUUCAUUGAUGAAAUAGACGCUAUCACUCCGAAGAGAGAGGUGGCCUCAAAAGAUAUGGAGAGGAGGAUGGUAGCUCAGCUGCUGACCUGCAUGGAUGACUUGAACAGUCUGACAGUAACAGCUCAGGUCCUAGUCAUCGGUGCCACUAACAGACCGGACUCCUUGGAUCCAGCGCUUCGCAGAGCUGGACGCUUUGACAGAGAGAUCUGCCUGGGAAUCCCAGAUGAAGCAGCUCGUCUCAGGAUCAUCAAGACGCUGUGUCGAAAGCUGAAGCUGCCGGAGGACUUUGACUACCAGCAGCUGGCUCGACUCACCCCAGGUUACGUGGGCGCUGACCUCAUGGCUCUGUGCAGAGAAGCUGCCAUGACUGCCGUGAACAGGGCUUUGCUGCAGGUGACUGGAGAGCCACACAACCAGAGCUCUGCCACAGACCAGGCUGCGUCUGAUGGGACAGACGGAGAGGUCCAAAAGAAACUGAUAGUUGACCCCGCACCAGAGUUUCACGGAGAGCUAGAACAGAGUCCCCCACAGGGGGAGCUGUUUCAUCUAAUGCGCCUUUUAAAGACCACGGAGACGCUGUCGGAGACAGAACUGGCCAGUCUGUCCAUUCUCAUGUCCGACUUCCAGACCUCUUUGGCUAGUAUACAGCCUUCAGCCAAAAGAGAAGGCUUUGCUACUGUGCCAGAUGUCACAUGGGAGAAUGUAGGAGCAUUGCAGGACAUCAGAGAGGAGCUGACUUUGGCUAUAAUGGCUCCAAUACGAUCCCCAGAGCAGUUCAAAGCCCUGGGGCUGAGCGCUCCUUCUGGAGUGCUACUGGCUGGCCCUCCUGGAUGUGGAAAGACACUCCUUGCAAAGGCGGUUGCCAAUGAGUCAGGCCUCAACUUUAUCUCUGUCAAGGGACCAGAGCUACUGAACAUGUAUGUGGGAGAAAGCGAGCGAGCCGUCAGACAGGUGUUCCAGAGGGGACGCAACUCGGCUCCGUGCGUCAUCUUUUUCGAUGAAAUUGAUGCUCUGUGUCCUCGACGCUCAGGUCAUGAGUCAGGUGCAAGUGUGAGAGUGGUUAACCAACUGCUUACAGAGAUGGAUGGCCUUGAGACUCGACGACAGGUCUUCAUCAUGGCUGCGACCAACAGACCAGACAUCAUUGAUCCUGCCAUUCUGAGGCCCGGUCGUUUGGACAAGACCUUGUACGUAGGUCUGCCUCCUCCAGCAGACCGCCACGCCAUCCUGCUCACUAUUACUAAGGGAGGCACCAAACCUCAGUUGGAACCUGACGUCAACCUUGAAGAGAUCGCCUGCGAUGAGCGCUGUGAUUGUUUCACUGGCGCCGACCUGACCGCGUUAGUGAAGGAAGCCUCCGUUAAUGCCCUCAGACCUUUCCUGAAGUCCCAGAAUUCUACGUCUGCUUAUACCUCUGUUCACAGCUGCUCCUCUGACCCCGUCAUUGACAUCAAAGUGAGCAAACAAAACUUUGAGGACGCCUUCAAUAAAGUUCAUCCAUCUGUAUCCAAAAAGGAACGGAUGGUAUACGAUAAGCUUAGGGAGUCUCUCAGCAGAUAACCAUCUGGGCACGGUUACAUGGUUGUGAAUCCGUCAACAACUUUGGUGUGUAAUUAACAACCUUUUUUUUUUUUUUAAAUAAAGCAAACUUUGUAUUUGACCACCAGUAAGUUGUUCUCCUGUCUGAUUCAGCAUAUUUAGGGUGAAGCUGUUAUCAUGCAUACCUAUCAAAAGUUCAGUUUGACAAAGUUGACACACAUUUACUGUAGAGUAAACAAAGGAGUCGUGAUCUGUCGGUACCAGGUGUGUAAUAUUCUAUUAUAGCUGCUGUAACUGCCCGUAUAUUUAAUAGUUUAUUUCAACUACUUAAACUGUUUAUAUAUUUAAACUAAUUAUAUAACUGUUUAUGUAACUACUUUUAUAAUUGCACUUGCUCAUUCAUACAAAUGCAUACCAAAGAGAUAAUAGGGGUAUACUUUAGUAUAAAUGACUGUACUUUAAUUCAAUGAAAGAAUAACUGUCUACAGUGGAACCUUGAGAUACGCACAUAAUCGGUUCCAGGACCGAACUCUUAACUCGAGGUGCUCGUAUCUCAAAUAAUUUUUUUCUCAGAAGAAAUAACAGGGGGAAAAAUUAUAUAGAGAGAGACAUACACAUGCAAAGAAAUUAUAGUAUAUAAGGAUUCCUGUGAUGUAAAACAAAAUGUAGUUUUAAUUAUGAGUUCUUACCUUUGAGACAGACGAUACAGUAGCGGCUAAUGGCGGCGUGUGCGAAGAGGGAGGAAGGGAGGGAAAGGAGUUGGCCCGUACAUAGACAUAUUGAUUGACGUGGUUGUCAAUCAAACGGAAUUUGUGAUUCGUGACAGUGAUUCCCCCAGAAUCAUUUUAGGCGUAAUUCACCGUCUGAUUUUUUUUUUUUUGUGCAGGGAGACAGUUCUUAUCAUCACUUCUGAUUUUAUCGAAAUAGCUGUAUCUAAAAAUGUACUAACCCACUCAUGAGUUAGACCUGUCAGACCACAAUCCGCGCAGCUAUUGGCCUGUACAUCUGCGUGUUCUUUGACACUGUCUGUGAAUGGCCGUGUGUGAAUAUGUAUCUAUAUCCCUUUUACUGCUGUGGACAAGCACAAAGUGAAGGGCGUUAGCCCCCGAAGCUAAUGUUAGCUUCGGCCCUGGAACAGAACACUAAGUCUCCCCUGUGCAUUUCAACUAUGGUCGGGACGCCGAAGCAGGAAAGAGCUAACGUGUAACCAGCCGUAUUACAGGCACUGUUCGGAAAAAAAAUCAAAAUUUGAUUAAAAGUGAAAAAAAAAAUCUUUCUGUGUAAAUAUCCCAUGUUACAACUUUUCUUGUCAUCUGUGGACACUUUCCUUGUGAUCGUACAAACAAAACCUCAAUACCUUGUUUCACGCAAGUCAGCACAAUACCACACCUUUAGGGAAAUAGUCAUUUAAUUCAAUGUAUUUCUUUACAUUUGUCGACACGUUACCGAUAGAAAUGGCAUAAAUCAAGUCAUUCGAACAAUAUUGAGCCGGGCGGCAAUGGAUCGUCUUUGAUUUUUUUUCCCAAUUACAGACAUGACUUUGUUUCAGCUGCUGUCAAAACCAGAGCUGAAUAAAAUGACAUAAUAAAAAAGCCUAGUGAUUUACAGUUAAAUACUUGUUGGUGUACAGGUUUUGC